UGGGAACGCCGGUUCAAUCUACGAGUAAAUAUGCAAAUUAUAUACACAGGAAAAGGUCAGAUUUCUGUGUUCAAUGGCGACGGAACUUCUGUGAGAUCAGUUUUCACCAAUCAAUUUGAAAAUACGGAGCUUAUCUUUUUCCACAAAUCAUUUUGAUUGUACCGGAGUAAUUUCGAAUUGAUCGAUUCGCUUAUCAAGGGACCGCAAUUACAUUUAUUUACCGGGGAAUAUAUACACGGCAUGUUUUCGACGCAAAACUCCAACUGAACGUGUCUAUCACAAUUAUGACAUCUACUCCACUCGUUCCCGUGAUUCUGAAGGUAUAUCUCAGUAAUAGUUCUGAUACUGUGUCUGAGAUUCCAGUCACGCCGGCCACAACUUGUAAGGAUGUGAUUGAUUGUUGUAAAGAACCUGGCGAAGAACAAUGUCAUUUAGCUGAACUUUGGAGAGGCUGUGAACGUCCUAUUGGCGAUGAGGAGAAACCCUAUGAGAUAUUACAACAAUGGGGAAUACAUAGAGAAGAGGUCAAAUUUUUCCUGCGUCAUGAGAAUGCUGUCCCGUUGGGAAAUGUGAAUCCAGGUAAUUUCAAAUUACCUAGCAAUGGUGAUCAACCUCUGUCCAGCACACCAAGAGGUGGUGCUCCUCCCCCAUACAGAUUGCCACCAUCAUUCCCAGCACAAGAAGAGACCAGCUUUAUAAACCAACCGGAAGAUGGGCGUGGCGAUAGACGUGCUUCAGAACCAGCUGGUCUACAAGCUAAAAAUAUUGGAGCACAAGCAAAGGAUGAUUUUUCUGUGAUUCUAAAGAUCUACUUGAUUGUGUAA